AUGGACAGUGAUGAAGAAGAUGAUGAGAGUGGAGAAGAUGAUGAGAGUGAAACUGAAGAAGAAAAAGAAGAGAAUGAAGGAGAAAACGAAUGCCAAACCGAGGGUAUAACAUUCGAAGAGGAUUGCAGCGUAUGUUUGAGCAGAUUAACAGGAGAAUUGUACCUUACGGACUGCAGACAUUCAUUCCACAAGGAGUGUAUCGACAGGUGGUGCUCCAGUUCCGAAUGUUGUCCCAUGUGCAGGACAAAUUUAGUUUUCGAAGAAACCUGCAUGAUGAAGAAGAUGAUGAGAGUGGAGAAGAUGAUGAGAGUGGAGAAGAUGAUGAGAGUGAAACCAGGUUAA